GAUAUAAAAGCGAGUAUACUCGCCAGCAUACCAAUGGCUCCUCAGACCAGACUCUCCUUUCCAAUUCCCAAACAAAUAUUACCCAAAGCAACUCCCAACACAUAAGUCUCUCCGGAAGGCUGUCCAAAACGAUUCUCCACCACUCCAAGCCCAGCAGCUACGAUGUCAUCCUUGCACCCCGAAGCAGAAGAACUCAUCCGUCAAGCGGAAUACAUCAUGAUUGAAGCCUUGAAAAACGGCUUGCCUAAUAUGAAAUUCCUCAUAGUCAGGGAAUCCCUCUACCAUGAGUACCUUCGUCAGUGGAACCAACCCGUUCCACCCAGGGAAUGGGAUAGCAUGAUCGUACUGGACUUCCAGGGAUUCUACCCGCGCUUGACAGUGCGAGACGUCAUUGACCAGGUCCGCACCUACUGCAGUUGCACCGUACCGAUGCCCUAUCAACCUGCGCUUGCGGUGAAUGGGAUCGUGAUCAAGUUAGUUCCGGGGUACUCUCUUAUGCAUGGAGACCAGGAAGCUCCAUGGCUGAACUCAAUCGGUGGCUGGGGCACUGCGUACCCGUAUGCGUACCCGUCUGAUCUUAGGAGAUUGCACAACGUUUGGCAAUGUCUCUAUAACUCGUUGAAUUAGGGUGACUCUUUAGUAGUGAUAGGGUGUUGCGGUUGUCGACUCUUGGUGAGGACUUCUCCCUUGA